AUGUCGAAUGCACCUCCAAAGAAAAAGAAUUCAUCCAGUCGAGUUACCUCAUCGCAAGGACAGAUACCAAGUAAAGAAGCAUCGGUACUGGUAGCCAGUGCUUCAGAAGGGCCUGGGGACCCGAGAAGAGCCAGGUUGCCUGUCUGGCCAGAGUGGAACGACGCAGAAGUCAAUGCAGAAAAGUGGGAUGCACCCAAGGGGUCGAAAGAUGGAAAACCAUUCUUUGAGGACCCUGAGGGGAAGAUUGAGCUGCCUCCGUCUUUGAAAGUUCAUUCAUGGAAACGCCCUUCGGAGUAUGUACUCACAAAGGGUCCUGUUAUAGUGGAGCAUGAAUCUGUCUUUGACCUUAUGUCAGCAAAUGAACACUUGCUUUGUAGUGAGCUUAUGAGAUGGAUAAUCAGUGAAAUAUAUAUUGUUUGGAAAAUCUGUAAUGGAAAUGGAAGCAACAAGUGUGCUGCAUCAGAGCCACUCCGUCAAGAAUGGAAACCAUGGGAGCAUAUUUACUCACUGUGCAAAGUCUCCAAAGGCCACAUGCCCCUCUACAAUAUCUAUGGGAAGUACGUGGUUAAACUGUUCUGGAUGGGCUGCUGGAGAAAGAUCACAGUUGACGACUCCCUGCCUUUUGAUGACGAGAAUAAUAUGCUGCUCCCUGCUACAUCUGUACAAGCAGAGCUGUGGCCGAUGUUGCUGGCUAAAGCGAUCAUUAAACUCGCAAACACUGACGUGAGCCUGCAUCAGAGGAGGGAAGUGGGAGAGUUCACAGUCAUACAUGCCCUUACUGGCUGGAUACCAGAGCUCAUCCCUCUACAGUCCCGAUACCAGGGUAAGGUUUGGGAAUUUUUGAGAGAAACAAUCCCAGAGUUUCAGUGUACAGAGGAGAGCCCGGAGGAGAGGCCAUCCCCUCCAGACUCUGCCACAGAGGAUGACUCCAGACUGAAUGAGUGCAAAAGUGAAUCGCCACCGGCAAACAAAUCCCCAGAGAGAGCGAAAGGUUGUGAGCUGCCACUGGUCCCACAAAUGGUGGUCUGUGCCAGCUACUACCCUCUGCAUCUGUUAGAAAAGAAGACCUCUCUCCUGGGCCAAAUGGCUGACUCCUCAGAGAAGCUGCGGCAGUAUGGCCUGUCCCAGUUAUACAGCCAUCCGGUUCUUGUAACUAGAACAAGGGCUUGUCCCCUUGUUGCCCUACCGAAACCUCCCUCUGUCCCUAGAUGGAAACUUAUACGACCAAGAAAAGAGAGGAACCCAACGGAUGAGCCAAAGGAGACACCGAUUGUGAAGCCUGAUCAGUUCAUUGAGAUUUCAAGCCCAUUUCUGAAUUACAGAGUGACUGCAAUCCCUAUGCCUCCAGACCUAGAGGAGCAGAGGGGCUGUCACCGAAAGCCAGCCUGCCGCUCCUCCCUGGCAUCCUUCUCUGAGACGGACGAGAGCGAGAGCGGAGGGAUCCAGGGCGUGGGGAGCGCGGAGAGCAGUGUCAGCUCGCCGGACGCGGCAGAUACUGCAGAGGUGACAGCAGAGGACAAGAAAAACGAAGACAGGAUUGCCACUGAUCAGGAGGGGACUGAGUCAGCACUCGGGACAGAAAAGGCCAGACAUGCGAGUGAACCAAGCCCCCCACUGCUGCAGUCACAGGACACAGCUGUCCCUGAGCAACCGCUCCUUCAACAGACAUGGAUCGACUUGGAUGAUUUCUCCAAGUGUUUUCAGACACUGCUGGUUUUUCAUAAACCAAACACCUAUCCACAUCAGUUCCAGAAGUCCCAGUUUAAGUCACCAGAUGAAACGGGGUCUCACUUCCUGUUUGUGGACAGUCUGACGCCAACAGAGAUCUUAAUAAGUUUCUCGGCUUUGCUGCGCUGGGGAGAGGCCACAGAUGAAAAGAAGGACCACAUUAUUUUCCACACUGGAUUAUUGACAGCUGAACCUUUCUCUUGGAAAAGUGUGGUGUCCCAACUUCCUGUCCUGCACAUUCAGACUACUGCCACUAAAGCUGCCCCGCUGUCUCUCCCCCCCGGGCGCCAUGUCCUGCGCUUCACCGUCAGGGCUCCCCUGGGCUUCCACAUCCACCUGUGCAGCAUGGUGCCAUUCAUCUUCGGGGACGAGGAGACUGUCAUGCCACACCUUGACAAGGAUAGCCUGCGCUUUGCUGAGCAGGCCCGGGGGAUCCUGAGGGCCCUGGGGAAGGUGGUGAGCGCGUUCGCUGACGAGCAGGGCCUUCCAGCAGCCAUGAGCGAACUGGAGUCUGCACACUGCCCCCCACAGCUGCUUGGCUCCGGCGGGGUCAGAAGACACAUGAAGGUGUUUAACGAGGCCGUGUUCCACAUGAUGACCACAGCGCUGGACCGUAAGCUGACAGCAGAGGAGGUGUUUGCUCUCCAGGCUCUCACCAACGAUCCAUCCCUGGGAAGGAACAUGAAGGAGAACAUCCCUACAGGUCCUGAGCCUGAGGUGGCAGAGAUGUGGAGGGACAGGGAUUUCACAGAGACAGAGACUUCAGCCGCCACGGUCCUGCAGGCUGGCUGCAAGGGCUUUCACGUCCGCCAGGUCAGAAACGCCACCAGACCAGGUACAAAGGAGAAUAUUAAUGCUUCAAAUACUCUCCUGGCAAUGUGGGCUGUGGUGGAAUCCAAUGCAGAUAAACAUGCUGUGUCUUUAUUAAGAUACAUUUUCUCCAACAACGAGAGGGCUGCAGAACUCUACCCAUGCUAUGGAGACGAAUCUACCAGAAUCCCAUUCACAGAUUAUUCUGUGACUUUUUCAGAUCAACCAAGUAAUUCCUGGUUUCUUGUAUUCAGGGAGGUGUUUUUCGUCCCUGUGGAUAUGCUGAUGGUGCCAAAGAUUUACUCCCCUGUCCCAACCUGCAUACUACAUGUCAUUGAUAAUGACACUGGGAAAGAAGUGCCUCGGAUCUUCCAGAGAGUGAGGCCACAUGUCUACAAACAGAACCAGAAAGGCUACACCUUUGUAGCAGAGGCCCGCACUGGGGACACACCUGUGCCAGGGGGGAAGUGGAGGAUGCGCCUCAUCAGGUCACAUGACUCUCUGCCCAUGCUCAGCAGAGAGCCUCCUCUCAGCACCUUUGCUGUCAAAGAGUUUCGGGAUUAUUACAUCCCCAACGAUAAACACAUCAUCUGCCGAUUUUCUCUAAAGGUGACGAUGGAUGUCCUGACCACGAUUCAGAUACAGACGUCCAAACCAGAUGUGUACAUUAAGCUGGUUGUUCUGGACCGUGAGGUGGAAGUAGCUAGCAACACUGGGAAAGGCUACGUUGUGAUCCCAGUCUUCCGGUUCUCAUCUAAUGGCCAGCCCGACUCAUCCGCAAGCAACUCCGGGGGAGAGUGUAGAGAACAAGACUGCAGCAACUCCACCGGCAGUCAGAGGAGUGAUGGAUUGACAUGCCCCCCCCAGGGAGGUGGAGAGGCGGGGCUAUCCCAGCAGCAGCCUGCAGAGGCGCCGAGCCACAAGUACAUCGUUCAGGCGGAGGUGCUGCACAGGAGCUGGGUUCUGGACGGCUCCCAGAUGGCCUUUGUGCAGGCGCUCAAAGACACGGACAGAAACGAAACAAAAGGACCCGGGGAGAAACAGGAGGAUCCUCCCACGCCUGCGAGCGUGGACACGCAGAGCAGCGAAAGCCAGAAGUCUGCCACGCCCAAAUCCAACCGCAAGUCCAAGGACAGGGACCGGGAGAAGGAGAAGGCUGCUGCCAAACCAGGCUCCAGGCAGGAGACUCAGAGCCUGGAUGAGAGCAAGGCACAGUGGACCCUGCGGAUCGUCUGCGACCAGAGCAACGCGGACAUCCUGGAAGCCAGGAAGGACACAGAGAGAGCGGAUGAGAUCAGGGCCAUGCAGCAGGCCUGGGAGGCCGCUGAACCCGGCAGGUCCAUCAAGGCCAUGCAAGCCCGUUUGCAGUUCAUCAAUAAACACCUGCUCAGAGUGACCAGCGAGGAGGCUGUGGACAGCAAGGAGCCAGCAGUCACAGAGUCUGGAGACACAGCUGUCCCACCCCUGGACCCCAGUGCUCUUCCCAGUCCCCCAGCUGAGACAGACCACUCCCAGCCACCUGUCCAUAUCCCCAUGGACUUCACUCCCUUUAUCAGAAAACAGAGAGAGGAGGCUUUGCUGAAGGAUGAGACUAUAGAGAAGGAGCAGAUGAGAGAGAAAGCCGAGAAGAUCCAGGCAUUCCGCUUGAUCCGGGACACCAUCCUGGAGCACAGGAAGCAGGAACAGCUGUCCAGGAAGGAGCUGAAGAGACGUCAGCUGGAGGUGUACGAGGGCCUGCAGAUGGCCCUGGACGAGCGGAGGAGGAAGAUCCUGCAAGCGCGGGAGGCGUACUGGAGUCGGCUGAUGGAGGCGGAGCUCAAGAAGAAGGAGGAGGAGUCAGCGCUGGAAGCAGCCCGACAGGUGGAGCUGGAGAAGAGCACGCCCCAGCCGCAGCUGACGAGCCGCAAGCAGACCAAGAGCGCGGGCAAGAGAAAGUGA